AUGGCCUCAGCAACAAGAACAUUUACACGAGCUCUACGCUCAGCACCGACCACUCACACCCUCCGAUCAGCAACUGCUCGCCGCGUAGCAGCACAAGGUUUCCAACAACAAGCGCGCCGUGGCUACUCCAGCGAAGCACCCAAAUUCUCCAGCAACAGCUCAUACAUCUGGGGAGGCGCCGCAGCUGCAGGUGUUCUAGGAGGCUUCUCGUACUUCGUCCUGAACGGCAAUCACACAACCUUCGCGGAAGAGCCCAAGCAAUUCAAACCGCAAACAGAAAACUACCAAGAAGUCUACAACGCCAUCGCCCAACGCCUCAUCGACGAGGACGACUACGAUGACGGCUCCUAUGGUCCAGUCGUCCUCCGUCUAGGCUGGCACGCCUCCGGCACCUACGACAAAGCAACAGGCACCGGCGGCAGCAACGGCGCAACGAUGCGCUUCGCCCCCGAGUCGACCCACGGCGCCAACGCCGGCCUCAAAGCUGCCCGCGACUUCCUCGAACCCAUCAAGAAGCAAUUCCCCUGGAUAACCUACUCCGACCUUUGGACGCUCGCAGCCGCCUGCGCAAUCCAGGAAAUGGGCGGUCCGGACAUCGCUUGGCGUCCUGGCCGCGCAGACCGCGACGUCUCCUUCUGCACACCGGAUGGCCGCCUCCCCGAUGCAUCCAAAGAGCAGAACCACCUCCGCGCCAUCUUCGGCCGCAUGGGCUUCAACGAUCAAGAAAUCGUCGCUCUCUCCGGCGCUCACGCCCUCGGUCGCUGCCACAGCGAUCGCUCUGGCUUCGACGGCCCCUGGACAUUCUCACCCAUAACCCUCACAAACGACUUCUUCAAACUCCUCGUGGAAGAGGAGUGGCAGUGGAAGCAAUGGAAGGGACCCAAGCAGUACGAAGACAAGACGACCAAAACCUUGAUGAUGCUGCCCACGGAUAUGGCUCUCGUGAAGGACAGCGUCUUCAUGCCGUGGGUGAAGACGUAUGCGGAUGAUUGUGACAAGUUCUUUGAGGAUUUCAGUAAAGUUGUCGUGAAGCUUUUUGAGUUGGGUGUGCCGUUUCAGAGCAGCGAGAAGGAGAGGAUUGUGUUUAAGAAGAGCGAGUAG